GGUGAGGAGACAGCUGGGGGGGUGGGGGGGUGAGUGAGAGAGACUGCUGGAGGGAGAGAUAAUCUAAGACACAGGCGGACCACAGAGAGAGCAGGAUCCAGCAUCACCAGAGUCCCUCCAUCUUCCCCUCCCUUCGGUACAGCCAUGCAUCGAACUAUGCGGAUAAAAAUGACGGAGCUAAACCCGCACCUGAUGUGUGCAUUAUGUGGGGGGUACUUUAUUGACGCGGCCACCAUUGUAGAAUGUCUGCAUUCAUUUUGUAAGACUUGUAUCUUGCGCUAUCUGGAAGCUCACAAAUUUUGUCCUAUGUGUGACUCUCAGGUUCACAAAGGGCGCCCACUCCUGAGCAUCAGGUCGGACAAAACACUGCAGGACAUUGUAUAUAAACUUGUCCCAGGACUCUUCAGAGAUGAGAUGAAAAGACGGCGAGAUUUCUAUGCCUCCUAUUCCCGUGCAGAAGCCCAAGAUGGCUCCAGUGCUGAACAGGGAGAGAAGACAAAUGAUUGUGGGGAGGUAGCUGUACAAGAAGAGGAAAACAUCAGUCUGUCAAUCCAGUUUUCUGAAGAUGCCAGGGAUGAGACACGAGAUUCGGUGGAAAGUGAGGACUUAGAAAAGAGAAACAGUCUCCGCUUCCUGCGCUGUCCAGCUGCCAUGACUAUUACUCACCUUGCCAAAUUCUUACGAAACAAGAUGGACGUCCCCAGCAAGUACAAAGUGGAGAUUCUGUAUGAGGAGGAGCCAUUAAAGGAUUAUUACACACUCAUGGAUAUUGCUUACAUAUUCCCUUGGGGGAGGACCGGUCCUUUACCUCUAAAGUACCGGGUCCAGCCAACUUGUAAGAGGCUGCGGUUUAGCCGUCCACGAAGCCUUCAGGAGUCGAACCGUGGAGCCACAUCAGAAGGGGAAUCUGCUAGUGACAAGGCUAGCAGCCCAGCUCCUAUUCCUUCAACUUCAUCUUCAUUACCAAGCCCUGCAACUCCCUGCCAGGGCUCCCCAAACCCUAAUACUGAGCUACCCCCUGCCUGUGGGCUCCACAAUGGGCAUUCUGCUGGGCGAGGACGCAAAGUAACACUCAACGGAGUGCCUGGGCCACCACUUACCUGAACCCACUUUCUCUCUUCAGUCUUUUAUAUACAUAUGUACAUAAACAGAAGGACUUUCUUAUUUUCUAUGGACAAAACAAGAGUAAUUUAAUCCAACCUCCUGCCCAAAAUCCUUUUUGUAAUGUUUUUGGAUUGUAAUUUAUAAAGGCAGUUGGGAGAAGCAGCACAUUCUAAAUUGAAUGCAGACCCUUCCUGUGUGUUAACCUCCAGUUUUAAUCUCACGUCUUGUUACACAAUGUUUGUAUGAUGAGUGAAGAGGAAGUUUGAAUUUUUUGCAUCAUUGAGAUCUAGGGCAUCCCCGCUUCAUGAUCGUUAUAUGAAGGGUGAAAGUAUCGAUUUUAAAUCUAUGAACUCUGGAGAGUGUGAUUGGGCACUUUUUAUGUCAGGUGAUCAUGGCUUCCUCGUAUUGAAAAAUUGUUUGAAGGAGAAAUAUACAAUGAAAGCAAUGGUAAUAGUUAUUUCUUGUUGUAAGGAAAAACCCGUCUCCACUGUCACUAUGUUGGUUUAUGAUGAAAUUUGGGAACAUUUACAUUAUGACAAAAAAAAAAAACACCAUAUAAAUGUUGCUAUGACUGUGAUUUCAAGUCCUGGUAGGGACUGGAGCCAUAUGACCAAAUAUCUUUUUCUAGAUAACUAUAGCCAUGUUCACAGGGUCAACAAUGAAUUUAGGGCAGUAGGCCCCAAACAGUCAUCAAACUCCUCUUUAAUAAUAACAACAUUCACAAUGGACAGGUAGUGUAGCUCUCUUGAAUGUUUUCCCUUUACCUCGUGAGGGCUAGACAUAAAAGAGGAAAUCUGGUUCCCCUUCAAAAUAUGGCACAACAGGGUUCCCGUAUUACUACAACUCCCUUCCCCACUCUCCCUCCAAGAAAAAGCGUCCCUGGUGUGGGUGGGAUUUUAGGGUUGUGGGGUGUCUCUUCCUGUGUAUAUUAAUAAAGUCAUGCAAAAAGUG